UUUUAUAAUUGGUUGAAAAUCGAACUCGGUACGCAAUCGUCCGCGUCAACUCUCUCUCUCCUCCUCUCCUCCAAAAACAUCUCACAGUUUUCUGCAAUUCCAUAAUCACCGUAACAGAAAAAUAGAAAAUAUACAUAUACAUAUAUGCACUGAUAUAUUUAGACGGAUAGUUCUAGUCUUCUAGAGAGAGAGAUCGGAUUUUCUUGGCCUCUCGGAAGGAGAUGGCGUUGAGGCAUCUUCUCACGCAGGUCUCAAAGCAGCAAUCCCAGUUGCGGCAAUUCAAUGGUCUGUUUGCUAGAUCUUUUGUCACUUUCCAAAAGUUCAGAUAUGGUGGGGUGAGUAGGCUUCCGAGUGCUCGAGAAAGGUUUCAGUCGAGUUAUGUUGGCAGCUUAGCUCGCAGAGUACGGGAUACAGAUGGGUCAAUUGAUGCAGCAUAUCUGAAAGAGCUUUAUCAUCGGAAUGACCCUGAUGCAGUAAUAAGGCUAUUUGAAAGUCAGCGUUCGUUACAUUCUAACCCAGCUGCACUUUCUGAAUAUGUUAAAGCUUUGGUCAAGGUUGAUAGAUUGGAUGAAAGUGAGUUGCUCAAAACUCUGCAGAGAGGAAUUGGAGGUGCUGCUAACUCCACAAUGGAGGAAGAAAGUGUAGGCAGCUUUUCAGCUUUUAGGAAUGUGGGAAAAUCUACAAAAGAUGGUGUCCUUGGAACUGCUAGUGCACCUAUUCAUAUGGUGGCUUCAGAAGGAGGGCAUUUCAAAGAACAGUUGUGGCGUACAUUCCGUGCUCUGGGUAUGGCCUUUCUCUUGAUCUCAGGUGUAGGAGCACUCAUUGAGGAUAGAGGAAUCAGUAAAGGACUUGGUCUACAUGAAGAGGUGCAUCCAAGCAUGGAAUCAAACGCAAAAUUUAGUGAUGUAAAGGGUGUUGAUGAGGCAAAAUCUGAGCUAGAAGAAAUUGUUCACUAUCUUCGAGACCCUAAGCGUUUCACUCGUCUUGGUGGCAAGCUCCCAAAAGGUGUUUUGCUUGUUGGUCCACCUGGCACUGGCAAGACUAUGUUGGCGAGAGCAAUAGCUGGAGAAGCUGGGGUGCCUUUCUUCUCAUGCAGCGGCAGUGAAUUUGAAGAAAUGUUUGUUGGCGUUGGAGCCCGGAGGGUGAGAGAUCUAUUUUCCGCUGCAAAGAAGCGGUCACCGUGUAUAAUAUUCAUUGAUGAGAUAGAUGCCAUUGGAGGAAGCCGUAACCCAAAAGAUCAGCAGUACAUGAAAAUGACCUUAAAUCAGUUGCUUGUUGAACUUGAUGGGUUCAAACAAAAUGAUGGAAUUAUUGUGAUUGCCGCAACUAAUUUCCCAGAAUCUUUGGAUAAGGCACUUGUGAGACCUGGACGAUUUGACCGUCACAUUGUCGUCCCAAAUCCGGACGUGGAAGGGCGAAGGCAGAUUAUGGAAUCACACAUGUCAAAGGUUCUGAAGGCAGACGAUGUUGACUUGAUGAUCAUUGCCAGAGGAACUCCUGGGUUCUCAGGGGCCGAUCUUGCAAACUUGGUUAACAUUGCAGCUCUUAAGGCUGCAAUGGACGGUGCUAAAUCUGUGGGCAUGGCUGAUCUAGAGUUUGCGAAAGACAAGAUCAUGAUGGGAAGUGAGCGCAAAUCAGCUGUUAUAUCUGAUGAAUCACGGAAGCUGACUGCUUUUCACGAGGGUGGCCACGCCCUUGUGGCUAUCCACACUGAUGGGGCUCUUGCAGUGCAUAAGGCAACAAUUAUUCCACGGGGGAUGUCUCUUGGCAUGGUUUCCCAAUUGCCCGACAAGAAUGAGACGAGUGUAUCUCGCAAGCAGAUGCUUGCUCGGCUUGAUGUUUGCAUGGGGGGACGAGUUGCGGAAGAGCUCAUCUUUGGAGAAAAUGAAGUUACCUCAGGUGCAUCUUCUGAUCUCCAGCAAGCAACUAAGAUUGCCAGAGCUAUGGUUACGAAGUAUGGUAUGAGCAAACAAGUUGGGUUGGUCACUCACAACUAUGAUGACAAUGGAAAGAGCAUGAGCACGGAAACUAGGUUGCUAAUUGAGAAGGAAGUGCAGGAAUUGUUGGACAGGGCUUACAACAAUGCGAAAAACAUUCUCACCACCCAUAAGAGAGAGCUUCAUGCGCUUGCCAACGCGUUACUUGAGCAUGAGACACUUACAGGAAGCCAAAUCAAUACCCUGCUUGCUCAGCUCAACUCCCAGCAACCGCAGCAGCAGCAGCAGCAACAGAAGAUUGCGCCACAGAGCACUUCACAGUCUAACCCAGUGCCUCCUUCAACACCCAAUGCGGCAGCAUCUGCUGCUGCAGCAGCAGCAGCUGCAGCGGCAGCUGCAACCGCUGCGGCCAAGACAAAAGGCAUUGCUCCCGUGGGAUCUUAGCAUGAAACAUAUUGAGUUGAUUAUUUGCAAGUGCAUUUUUGUCAGAUUUUACUUACGUGCAUAUAGUUACAUGCAAGCUUGUUAGCUUUGAGAAUAACUGUAGUUUGAUUGGUAUCAGUGAGGUCUAAUUUAUGUACCAUCAUUCGGAGAUUAGCAAAAUCUGUAGAAGACAAUGGCAGAGACUAUCACCAUGUCAAGUGUAGUGUUUGUAAUUCAAGUCCUCCAUUGGACAAUAUUUAUUCAUUGUCCUCCCUUUUCUUCUUUUGCUA